CCACAAUGCACUGCGUGGCGCGUCACUUGGAGCGGUGGGUCCCGGCUCGACAGGUCAUCUCUAUCAGUUGAAAUGUCUAUGAUUUUAUCUGCCUCAGUCAUUCGUGUCAGAGAUGGACUGCCACUUUCUGCUUCUACUGAUUAUGAACAAAACACAGGAAUGCAGGAGUGCAGAAAGUAUUUUAAAAUGCUCUCAAGAAAACUUGCUCAACUUCCUGAUAGAUGUACACUGAAAACUGGACGUUAUAACAUUAAUUUUAUUAGCUCUCUGGGAGUGAGCUACAUGAUGUUGUGCACUGAAAAUUACCCAAAUGUUCUCGCCUUCUCUUUCCUGGAUGAGCUUCAGAAGGAGUUCAUUACUACUUAUAACAUGAUGACGACAAAUACUGCUGUCAGACCAUACUGUUUCAUUGAAUUUGAUAACUUCAUUCAGAGGACCAAGCAGCGAUACAAUAAUCCCAGGUCUCUUUCAACAAAGAUAAAUCUGUCUGACAUGCAGAUGGAAAUCAAGCUGAGGCCCCCUUAUCAAAUUUCCAUGUGUGAACUGGGGUCAGCCAAUGGAGUCACAUCUGCAUUUUCUGGUGACUGUAAAGGUGCUGGUAAGAUUUCUUCUGCUCACCAGCGACUGGAACCAGCAACUCUGUCAGGGAUUGUGGCAUUUAUCCUUAGUCUUUUAUGUGGAGCUCUGAAUUUAAUUCGAGGCUUUCAUGCCAUAGAAAGUCUCUUGCAGAGUGAUGGUGAAGAUUUUAAUUACAUCAUUGCAUUUUUCCUCGGAACAGCAGCCUGCCUUUACCAGUGUUAUUUACUUGUCUACUACACCGGCUGGCGGAAUGUCAAAUCUUUUUUGACUUUUGGCUUAAUCUGUCUGUGCAACAUGUAUCUCUAUGAACUGCGCAACCUCUGGCAGCUUUUCUUUCAUGUGACUGUGGGAGCGUUUGUCACACUACAGAUCUGGCUAAGGCAAGCCCAGGGCAAGGCUCCCGAUUAUGAUGUCUGACUCCAUCCUUCAGACAUACUGCCUUGGCUUCAGGGGGAAAAGGAGGGAACAUAACUGCCACUGUGAUGAAGACACUAUUCACCACACAUGAGAAGCUCUGCUUUCUUUCUCUCCAACUUUCCUUUUUUAAAAUCAGCAUGGCAUGCCUGUGAGCAUGCAAGACCUGCUAGGCAAACUCCUCUCAGAAGAAUGUUGGCCAUGAGAUUAUCAUUCAGAGGAGGAGAAGGAAGAGACUUCUCUCUGCAGGGCUGGAACAGUGGAAGAACCGUCAGACGCCACUGGAAGACUUGGCCGGCAGUCCUAAAUCCUUGCUGAAGAGUUCAGUCAAAAAAUAGAUGUGGUACUUGCUCUGAGGACCAAGCACAGGAACUCUACAACCUGAGUUGCCUUUGUGAGGCAUUAGUAUAGACCAAAUAUAAAGAUGCUACAGAAAUUGGGAAGUUUAUAUUUUCAACAAAUGACUGUGCUAAAUACCAGAUUAUUUGCACAUUUAUGGUACCGAGAGUUUAUGAUGUCCAGGAUGGUGUGGAAUUGGUUCGUGUUACUUUUAUAUUUUUGCUUGAAUCUUAAUUCUGGAAAUAACCUGAUAUAGGAAAAGGCUGUGGUGAGCUCAUCUCUGGAACAUCACAAGUAUUGCAAAUACAGUGACAUAUGUUUCCUUUCUAGA